UGAGCAUUUCCACAAUCCCAAACUCAUAUUAGACUAGAAAAGUGGGUGAAGGAAGUUGACUGCACAUUUCUGCUCCUACAUUUCUCUUCUUCCCUAGAAAUGGAGACAGUUGAUUCAACUCGAGCAUUUGUGAAGAACGUCAAACGACUCAUUGUCAAGGUUGGGACUGCAGUUGUGACUCGAGCUGAUGGAAGAUUAGCACUUGGAAGAUUAGGAGCCCUCUGUGAGCAGCUUCAGGAGCUUAAUUCGCAAGGGUAUGAAGUUAUUUUGGUGACUUCUGGUGCUGUAGGUGUUGGUCGUCAGCGGCUUAGAUAUAGGAAGUUGCUCAACAGCAGUUUUCUUGAUCUUCAAAAGCCACAAACUGAGCUUGAUGGCAAGGCUUGUGCUGCUGUGGGCCAGAAUGGCCUCAUGGCUCUGUAUGAUUCUUUGUUCAGUCAGUUGGAUGUGACAUCAGCUCAGCUUCUGGUGACUGAUAAUGACUUUAGAGAUCCAGAUUUUAGGAGACAACUCAAUGACACAGUAAAUUCGUUGCUUUCUCUAAAAGUUAUACCUAUAUUCAAUGAGAAUGAUGCUAUCAGUACGCGGAGAGCUCCUUAUGAGGACUCUUCUGGAAUAUUUUGGGAUAAUGACAGUCUGGCAGCUCUUCUAGCUUUGGAAUUAAAAGCUGAUCUUCUAGUUCUGUUGAGUGAUGUAGACGGUCUUUACAGUGGUCCUCCCCGUGAUCCAGAUUCAAAGUUGAUUUACACAUACAUUAAGGAAAUACAUGAGAGAGUGAUUACUUUUGGAGACAAGUCCAGGGUGGGAAGAGGAGGCAUGACUGCCAAAGUAAAAGCUGCUAUGUAUGCUGCUUAUGCUGGCAUUCCUGUUGUCAUAACCAGUGGCUUUGCGACAGAUAACAUCAUCAAAGUGCUGCAUGGGGAACGUAUAGGCACACUCUUUCAUUGUGAUGCCAAUAAAUGGGCCUCAAUUGGAGAGACUGAUGCUCGUGAGAUGGCAGUGGCUGCAAGGGCAUGUUCCAGACGUCUUCAGGCACUGUCUUCCCAAGAAAGGAGUAAAAUAUUGCAGGAUAUAGCUGAUGCACUGGAAGCAAAUGAAAAGGCAAUCCUCGCUGAGAAUGAAGCUGAUGUGGUUGCUGCUCAACAGGCCGGAUAUGAGAAGUCUUUGAUAUCUCGUCUGGCUUUAAAUCCAGGAAAAAUUGCUGAUGGAUUCAUCUUGGAGAAAUCAUCAUCUCCAUUAGGCGUUGUAUUGAUUAUUUUUGAGUCACGACCUGAUGCACUUGUACAGAUAGCUUCUCUAGCAGUCCGAAGUGGGAACGGCCUCAUGUUGAAAGGAGGAAAGGAGGCCAAAAGAUCAAACGCCAUCUUACACAAGGUGAUUACCUCGGCAAUUCCUGUAAGUGUAGGUGAAAGACUUAUUGGACUAGUGACUUCUAGAGAAGAGAUCCCUGAAUUACUUAAGCUUGACGAUGUGAUUGAUCUUGUUAUCCCAAGAGGUAGCAAUAAACUUGUUUCUCAAAUCAAGGCAUCAACAAAAAUUCCUGUUCUAGGCCAUGCUGAUGGAAUUUGCCAUGUUUAUGUUGACAAGUCUGCUGACAUGGAUAUGGCUAAGCGCAUUACUGUUGAUGCAAAAAUCGAUUAUCCUGCAGCCUGCAAUGCGAUGGAAACACUUCUUGUGCAUAAGGAUUUGGCACAAAAUGGAGGUCUUAAUGAUCUGAUUGUGGAACUUCAAACAAAAGGGGUUUCUUUAUAUGGUGGACCCAAAGCUAGCUCCCUGCUCAUGAUUCCAGAGGCACGUACAUUUCGUCACGAAUAUAGUUCACUAGCUUGCACUGUGGAAGUUGUUGAAGAUGUAUAUGCUGCGAUAGAUCAUAUACAUCAGCAUGGAAGUGCCCACACCGAUAGCAUCAUUACUGAAGAUCAGGAAGUUGCUGAAGUUUUUUUACGUCAGGUUGACAGUGCUGCUGUAUUUCACAACGCAAGUACAAGAUUUAGUGAUGGAUUCCGCUUUGGACUUGGUGCAGAGGUGGGCAUUAGUACUGGUCGUAUUCAUGCUCGUGGCCCAGUUGGAGUUGAAGGAUUGCUAACAACUAAAUGGCUUGCAAGGGGAAGUGGACAAAUUGUUGAUGGUGAUAAAUCAAUUGUGUAUAGUCACAAAGACCUUACUCAGCAAGGGUGAUUAUCCAGUUGUGUAUUUAGGAAGAUUUUGUAUGGUGCUAUUGGUAGGUGGGUUUGGGGCUUACCCAAAGAUUUUCUGUAUUUUCCAGCCAUUGACUUGUGAUCAUUUGCAGUCUUCACAUUAUUCUGUAUUAACAUAGUUAUGUUGUUGCAUAGGUUUUAACUUGCAGGACUAACUUGUCCCAAUUAUAAUAAUAUCGAAAUAUGUAUUCCAAAUAAUUAAAAAAACGUUUCAUAUA